AUGGCUGAAGAUGAAGAAAAUAAAAGGCCUAUGGUUGCUGCUGCCCAGAAGGGGCCGGCGCCGAACGCUUACGGGCUGCCGCCGCUGGUGGGCUACGACAACCAUGACGUCACCAAACAUCGGAUGCCCGCAUACACCAUGCGGAAGGCGCUGAAGAGGGCGGUGUGGCGCCUGGGCCCAGGGCCGAAGUACGCCUUCCAGAGGAACCUCACACGCUACGGACCCAACGGCACGCCGCAGUACUCCAUGGCCAAGAAGAUACGCCCACUGCCGCGCCUCAACGUGCCGGGUCCCCCCGCCUACAUGACGGAGGAGGUGCCGCCGAUGCGGACGGACCGCGCGCCGGCCUACAGCCUGGGUGACCGCACCAAGCUGCGCAGCGAGGACUUCAACCCGGCGCCCAACAUUUACGUCAUGCCCGAAUACCUGGGGCCCAGCCAGCCAAUCAAGACGUCGGCACCCGCCUACACUAUGGCGAGCCGCGCCAAGCCGCUGCGGCCCGACAUCGGGCCCGGGCCUGCGCGCUACCCGGCCGUCGACAUGUCCGUGUCCCGCAAGCGGCCGCCCGUCUACAGCGUCGUGGGCCGCAACUACCCGCCGGGCGACCGGGGCAUGAACCCGGGACCCGGCGCCUACCUGCCCGAGUACAACCGCGCCAAGAACCCGCCCAGCUUCUCGUUCGGCGUCAAGCACUCUCCCUACAAGCGCACACCCAUGGUCGAGGCCGACAACGAAGUCUGA